UCACUAUGAGGACCUGCUCCGCGAGCACAACAUUCCAUUUCAGCCGUUACAUCCUUCGCCGGAUGACCCGACCUCACCCGGUGAGAGGGAGCCAAGCUCAUGCAGAUCCGAGCUUGAACGACCCUCGGAUGCGAAGCCUAAAGCAGUAAAUCUGUGGCAUGCCAUGAAUCAGAGGGUAAUGCAAGUCGCGGAUUGAGAUCGGGAUGACUGGACUGAUGUGCCUCCAGGCAGCAGAUGCAAGGGACUCUGACCCUGACCACGAGGCAAUCCAGGGUGGUCUCAGCCAGGAUGUAAAUCAGGGCGUGAUUACGACUGUCUGGAACCGGAUGUAUCAGCGCGAACUAAAUGAUUAUCUCUUGCUCGGCCCUGCAGCGACCGACAUGGAUCUUGCAGCCGCGCACCCAGACCAGGCCCAAAUCUUUCGACUUUGGCAGACGUAUUUGGAUAACGUUGACCCGCUGCUCAAGGUCACCCACACGCCCACCUUGCAGUCCCGCAUCAUCGACGCCGCAGCCGAUUUAGCGCAGGUCCCUCCGGCACUGGAGGCACUGAUGUUCAGUAUCUACUGCAUGGCUCUGCUGAGUUGCACGGACGGAGACUGCCGGAAGGUGCUGGGCGCUCUUCGCAAAGAGAAACUAGGUAGCUACCAGCUUGCUUGCCAGCAGGCGCUUCGGCGCUGUGAUGUUUUUCGAGCACCCGAUCGCGACAGUUUGACUGCGCUGUUUCUCUACCUGGUGUCUAUACGUCAAGAUACGGACCCCCGGUCGUUGUCCUCCAUGUUGGCUGUGGCUAUCCGCCUCGCGCGCCGGAUGUGCUUACACCAAGAAGCGGCCAACGCUCGCUACCCGGCGUUGGAAGGAGAGAUGCGCCGCCGGUUGUGGUGGUCUCUCAUUCUGUUUGAUAGCCGCAUUUGCGAGACGUUUGACUAUCGAACAGCCCCAUUAGAACCAACCUGGGACUGUCGGCCGCCAGUCAACAUCCACGACUUUGACCUCCGACCCGAGAUGAAGGCAAUGCCUGCCGCACACGACCGGCCGACUGAGGCAAUCUUUGCCGUAGCUCGGAGUGAGAUUGCGGACUUUAUCCGUCAUAGUCCCUUUCAUCUUGAUCUCACGAAUCCACUCCUCCAUCGCAUGGUGGAUAGAUCCCAGCAUCCCAACGACUUAGUCGAGUUCGAGAAUACUAUGGAGCGAAAGUAUCUCGCCUCCUGUAGCCUCGAUAGUCCUCUGCAAUACAUGAUCCUCUGGACGGCACGUGGGACAUUGGCCAAGAAUCACCUCCUCGAAUAUUACACCCAACAGGCGAAAGCCCGUGAAGAGCCGACAGAAUCUGCGCUGGACAAGGCUAUCACACAUGCCCUCACUGUCCUCGACUCGGACACCCGACUGAUGGCCUCUCCACUCACCGUGGGGUAUCGGUGGUUCCUGCUUAUGUACUUCCCGCUACCCGCCUACAUACACAUUCUCCAAGAUCUGCGAAGACGACCGGCGAAACAAACCGAUGCACUCUGGGAAGCAAUGAGUGACAAUUACGAAGCGCGCAAAGUGGGUAGCGGAGCGAACGAGUCGCCUAUCUUUGUAGUCAUCGCACGCCUCGUUCUUCAAACCUGGGAAAAGCGGGAGGCAGCAUCGCCUGACGGGACACUACAGCCACCACGAAUGGUGGUGGAUAUUCGCAGAAAGAUACUUGAAAUGCAAGUCUCCUUCCCCGGUGGCAGUCAUCUGGACACGCUGAAUAGCGGUGCCAUAGCAGCUGGUGGCACGCAGGGAUUUCCGCCCCAACUGAAUGCGAACAUGAGCCCUGAGGCUCACGGUGUCGUGGGCGAACCAGAGAUCCUGGGUUCCACCUGUGCAGAAGCCAUCGACUACGCUGCUUUGCUCGGGUUCAAUCAGGUGGGCAUCGAUCCGAACCAAGUGUACCUGUCUCCGAUGGACUGGAUCUUUGCGCAGCCAUGAAGUCCAAUGCAGAAGCGGCGAUGGCAUGCGCUGACAGCCGUGCAAAAUGGCCCUUCUCAAAUGGGUUAGCGGGAAUACGCGUAUAUGAUUAUAUAAGGAUGCUCUUCCCGCGCACUGGGGCAAGCGACUCCGUACGCCUUGGUCAAUUAUUCUAUCACCAAGCAAGGUACUUAACUAAGAACUGCACAAUGUCUCAACAACAUGCACCCUCCAAUCAGCACGCACUGCGUCUUCUACAGCAAGAGGCAAUGCGGCGAGCACAGGCAGCUCAAGCGCAAUCGGCCGCCAGAAUGCAGCGACCGGCUUUUGGACUCCCCAUGAGUGCUGGCUACUACAAUGAUCUUCCCAUCAGCUCUCCC